GUCACAGGUCGGGUGCUUCAUAUAAAGCGAGGCGCAGCGGCUGGAGAAUUCUAGGCAAGGUUUAGUCAGUCUCCGCAACUGGUCGAGCAGAGAGCACACAGCUUCCAAAUGAAAAUGUAUUUUACAAGUUUGUCUGGACGCGCAGGACUGGUCACAGCAGCAACCAUCCUCCUCCUUGCGUUUCUGGCCGCAGACACUGCAGCAGGACCCGUCGCUAAAAGGGAUAUUGACAGCCUUCUUGAUGGAAAAAUAAAACGCCCCUUCUGCAAUGCCUUCACAGGGUGCGGCAAAAAACGGUCCGAUCCUGAACUGGAGGGCCUUGCUUCUGGAUCAGAGCUCAAUGACAUAACCAAGCAUGUUCUCGCCGAGGCAAGGUUAUGGGAGCAACUCCAGAACAAGAUGGAAGCUAUGCGCAUGCUGGCAUCUCGCAUGGAGAGCCGUCCUAUGUUCAGGAGGAAGAGGUCUCUUACUCAGCCACAGCAUGAUCACGUACACUCUGCUGCAGCUCUCGAACAUAAGGGAGAUGUUGAGAAACAGUGAACAGCAGGAGACAUAGUCGACUUCCUCCAUCAAUCAAACAGUCAUGCUGCUUUCAAAAUUUCUUGAGUGGCUCUGUGUAUCCAAACAUGU